AUGGCUGAGGGCUUGGCUGUAGGGGUUGGUUUUGGAGCCAUAGGAAAGACUUCGUCUGCUACCUUUGAGAGUGCCAGGAAUUUGGCCAUCGGUAUUGGCAUCCAGAAUUUCCCAGAAGGCUUGGCAGUGAGCCUGCCGCUCCGAGAUUCAGGGGUCUCAACUUGGACAGCCUUUUGGUAUGAUCAGCUGAGCGGGAUGGUAAAACCCAUUGCUGGGUUGCUUGGUGCCAUCGCUGUUGUUUUGGCAGAACCUUUGUUGCCAUAUGCGUUGGCAUUUGCUGCUGGGGCGAUGGUCUACGUGGUGGUGGAUGACAUCAUACCUGAGACUCAAAUCAGUGGAAACGGGAAGCUAGCAUCCUGGACCUCCAUCCUGGCCUUUGUAGUGAUGAUGUCACUCGACGUGGGGCUGGGCUGAUGUCGCCAUGACGACCAGGAAAGACCCUCGGUGGCCAUGAUGUCAUCACAAUGAUGCAGACCUCAGUUUUAAACAGGGGACCAAAUGAAGUGUUUCUUUCUGAAACAUUGUUUAUCCAUUUAGUUUAAAUUGUUUCUACUUGAAGUUCACCGGUGAUUUCACAACCAUGGAACUGUUUUACAAACCAAGCUGUAAGGAUGAUUUUACUUGAACAUUUAUCUUUAAUUUGUAAUUUACAUGCUAGCAGUCAUCACCUAAGAGCGGCUGACAUGUGUGUAAUUUUUUUUCAAAUGUUCAAUAUCUGAUUUAGGAAUCAACUUAUAGAUAUAUCAUGAAUAUUCUUCUGAUUCCACAGCUGGGGAAUGUUUUUUGCAGCUUUUUGAGGUCCUCUUUGAGAACUUUAUUUUAAACAAAAUUUCUUUUAUGAAAUUAAUUUUCACUUUUCUUCUUUCAGUUUAACCAUAAUGACAAUACUUGGAUCACUUGGCAUUUUCAUUGUUUGACUGGCACCAGCAAAAUGAAUCAAAUGAAAAAUGGGUUGGAAAACUUUCCUUAUGUUAUGAGACGAGUUAGAUGUUUAAUUGUCAUUUAGCUUCAGAAUUAUAUUUUUAAACAAAAAUAUAAAAUUAUUCAAAAUUUUAAUUUUCCAUUGUGUUUUGUGCUUUUAUUUCUACUGUUCUAAUGCUGGCCAUUGGAGUCCACAGUAACUGAAUCACACAACCACAUUAUGCCUUCAUAUUGUAUAGCACAUUAGUACCAUGUAAUAAUUUGUUGAAAAGGGUAAUUAGCCACAAAAACCAAAACCGUUCUUUACACCAGGCUGUAAACAUGUUUAGUUCUGAUGUAAAGUUGGGCUUUUUAACAUGGGGGUGUGCUGGCUGACUUGCUUGUGGAAUCUGCCCCAAGUGGCCAGUCAAGGAACUGCAGUUAUUAUCACUUCUGCGUUGGCUAAAUUAUUUAGCCACCAGUGCAAAACACAAAUGUAAAAUUUAGAUAUUCAUGUUUUUUUUUGUUUUUGUUGGAAAAAUCAAACCCUCAAGCAACCACCAACACAGGACCAAUAAAAACUAAAACAAGAGACAACAACAGAAAAAAUGCUGAUGAAAAUUUCCAACCCAUUUUCUAUUUGAUUUGUUUUAAAGUGUGAUUUGGUGUGAAUUGAAGAACUCUGAGCAUUUGGUAAUUGAUAGGACUGCCAGUGAGUUAGCAGAUUUUGCUCACUCCACUCUUACUUCUGCUGUGUCAUCUGUCACCGCAAAACAUCAAAGUACAAUGUGAUUGUUUGAAGCUGCUUGAUAUUCAUCACAAUGUUUAUUUUGUCUGUUUUGUUUCUGCAUCAUAAACCUCUAUGAGCAUCA